GGCUGAGGCUGGAUUCAAACACAGCUGCGUGUCAGUCGGACAGAGUGAAGCCGCUACACGAAUCCUCCAGUUCCCACUUCCUCCGCGUGGUUACGGGUGCUAUAAACUGCAAACAAUCACCCCGUCUUAAUACUGCAGACAUACCGCAGAGAAACUUAAGGGGAACUUAACUUACUGUCAGCCCCUGUAUGGAUAUGCUUUUCAUUUGUGAGUACCCAAUUAUCAUGCCUUCAUGUUGGAUGGAAGACCGAUUAGCAUGGAUUAAUUAAGGGCAACCCACAUCUAAGGCCUGAUAUUGGAGGGAUAAAGGCCCAACUCAGGACAGCUCUAAGGAUCAUGCCCACCCCAGAACUCCCUGUAAGGUGAACUACAUUCUUCUCAGCUUUAAACCAAAAGUAAAAGGACGCAUUACGAUUUUCAUUCUUCCUGAGUUGCCUCCAUCCUGAAGAGCAAUGGAGAUGCUGUUAGGUGGCAGAGGAUUAAUUGUAUCUCUAAUUUGUUUCCUGGUAAAAUUCUCUACAGCCAUGGAAAUACCACUUUCAGUUCAACAGGUUCCAACAAUCAUAAAACAGUCAAAAGUGCAAGUUGCCUUUCCCUUUGAUGAAUAUUUUCAAAUUGAAUGUGAAGCUAAAGGAAAUCCAGAACCAACAUUUAUGUGGACUAAGGAUGACAAGCCUUUUGAUCUCUCUGACUCUCGGAUCAUUGUAUCCAACAACUCAGGAACCUUUAAGAUACCAAAUGAGGGGCACAUAUCUCACUUUCAAGGGAAAUACCGCUGCUUUGCUUCUAAUAAACUGGGAGUUGCUAUGUCAGAAGAAAUAGAAUUUAUAGUUCCAAAUGUUCCAAAAUUCCCAAAAGAAAAAAUUGACCCUCUUGAAGUGGAGGAGGGAGAUCCAAUUGUCCUCCCAUGCAACCCUCCCAGAGGCCUUCCACCUCUACACAUUUAUUGGAUGAAUAUUGAAUUAGAACACAUCGAACAAGAUGAAAGAGUAUACAUGAGUCAAAAGGGAGAUCUGUACUUUGCAAACGUGGAAGAAAAAGACAGCCGGAAUGAUUACUGUUGCUUUGCCGCAUUCCCGAGAUUGAGGACUAUUGUGCAGAAAAUGCCAAUGAAACUAACAGUUAACAGUUUAAGGCAUGCUAAUGACUCAAGUUCAUCCACAGAAAUUGGUUCCAAGGCAAAUUCGAUCAAGCAGAGGAAACCUAGACUGCUGUUGCCUCCUACUGAACGUGGCAGUGAGUCUUCAGUUACUAUCCUCAAAGGGGACACCCUGCUCCUGGAGUGUUUUGCGGAAGGCCUACCAACUCCACAGGUUGAUUGGAACAAAAUAGGUGGCGACUUACCAAAAGGAAGAGAAACAAAAGAAAAUUAUGGCAAGACUUUGAAGAUAGAGAAUGUCUCCUACCAGGACAGAGGGAAUUAUCGUUGCACAGCCAACAAUUUCUUAGGAUCAACCACUCAUGAUUUUCAUGUUAUAGUAGAAGAGCCUCCUCGCUGGGCAAAGAAACCUCAGAGUGGUGUGUACAGCACUGGGAGCAGUGGUAUCUUGUUAUGUGAGGCAGAAGGAGAACCUGAACCCACAAUCAAGUGGAGAGUGAAUGGAUCCCCAAUUGACAAAAAUCCAUUUGCUGGUGAUGUUGUCUCCCCCAGAGAAAUCAGUUUUACCAACCUGCAACCAAAUCACACUGCUGUGUACCAGUGUGAAGCCUCAAAUGUCCAUGGCACCAUCCUUGCCAAUGCCAAUCUCGAUGUUGUAGAUGUCCGUCCACUGAUACAAACUGAAGAUGAAGAGAAUUAUGCUACGGUGGUUGGUUACAGCGCUUUCUUACACUGCGAGUUCUUUGCUUCACCUGAGGCAACGGUGUCCUGGCAGAAGGUGGAAGAGGCGAAACCUCUUGAAGGUAGACGGUACCAUGUCCACGAAAAUGGCACAUUGCAGAUCAACAAAACCACAGAAGAUGAUGCUGGCUCAUACUCUUGUUGGGUAGAAAAUGCUAAAGGAAAAACCGCAGUCACAGCCAACUUGGAUAUUAGAAAUGCUACAAAACUUCAAGUUGCUCCUAAGAAUCCUCGAGUCCCUAGACUGCACGUGCUUGAGUUACAUUGUGAGAGCACGUGCGACCCACAUUUGAGGCAGAGUUUGAAGUUGUCCUGGAGUAAGAAUGGAGAAGCCUUUGAAAUUAAUGCCACAGAGGAUGGCAGGAUAAUUAUCGAUGGAGCUAAUUUGACGAUAUCUAAUGUCACCUUAGAGGAUCAAGGUAUUUACUCCUGUUCAGCUCAAACUGCUCUGGAUAGUGUUACUGAUGUAACUCAAGUAACUGUCCUCGAUGUUCCGGAUCCACCAGAGAACCUACAAUUGUCUGAAAGACAGAACAGAAGUGUUCGGCUGACGUGGGAAGCUGGAGAUGACCACAAUAGCCAUAUUAGCGAGUAUAUUGUUGAAUUUGAAGGAAAUAAAGAAGAACCUGGUCGAUGGGAGGAAUUGGCUAGAGUCCAAGGCAAAGAAACAAUAGUCACACUAUCUUUGGCUCCAUACGUCAGAUACCAGUUCAGGGUCAUAGCCGUGAAUGAAGUAGGGAGAAGCCAACCCAGCCAGCCGUCGGACCAUCAUGAAACACCUCCGGCAGCUCCAGACAAGAAUCCACAAAACAUAAGGGUUCAAGCCUCUCAACCCAAGGAAAUGAUUAUAAAAUGGGAGCCUUUGAAACCAAUGGAGCAGAAUGGACCAGGACUGGAGUACAGAGUGACCUGGAAGCCACAGGGAGCCCCCGUGGAGUGGGAAGAAGAAACCGUCACAAACCACACCUUGCGGGUGAUGACGCCUACUGUCUAUGCUCCUUAUGAUGUCCAAGUCCAAGCUGUCAAUCACCUUGGCUCCGGCCCUGAGCCUCAGUCAGUGAUUCUCUAUUCUGGAGAAGACUAUCCUGAUACAGCUCCAGUGAUCCAUGGGGUGGACGUUAUAAACAGCACAUUAGUUAAAGUUACCUGGUCAACAAUUCCAAAGGACAGAGUACAUGGACAUCUGAAAGGAUAUCAGAUAAAUUGGUGGAAAACAAAAAGUCUGUUGGAUGGAAGAGCACAUCCCAAAGAAGUAAACAUUCUGAGAUUUUCAGGACAAAGAAACUAUGGAAUGGUUCCUUCUCUAGAUGCCUUUAGUGAAUUUCACUUAACAGUCUUAGCCUAUAAUUCCAAAGGAGCUGGUCCAGAGAGUGAGCCUUAUAUAUUUCAAACACCAGAAGGAGUACCUGAACAACCAGCUUUUCUCAAGGUCAUCAAAGUUGAUAAAGACACUGCCACUUUAACCUGGGGACUACCUAAGAAAUUGAAUGGAAACUUAACUGGCUAUCUAUUACAGUAUCAGAUAAUAAAUGACACCUAUGAACUUGGAGAACUGAAUUAUAUCAACAUUACGACUCCAUUGAAGCCCAUCUGGCGUCUCUCAAACCUCAAUGCAACUACCAAGUACAAAUUCUACUUGAGGGCUUGUACUUCAAAGGGUUGCGGAAAACCAAUUACAGAGGAAAGCUCCACGUUAGGAGAAGGGGGUAAGAGUAUCGGGAAGAUACCAGAAGGAGUGAAUCUUACUCAAAAGACUCACCCCAUAGAGGUAUUUGAGCCGGGAGCUGAACAUAGAGUUCGCCUAUUGACUAAGAAUUGGGUUGAUAACAAUAGCAUUUUUGAAGAUGUAAUUGAGACAAGAGGGAGAGAGUACGCUGGUUUAUACGAUGACAUCUCCACUCAAGGCUGGUUUAUUGGACUGAUGUGUGCAAUUGCUCUUCUGACACUAAUACUGUUAACUGUUUGCUUUGUGAAGAGGAACAGAGGUGGAAAGUACUCAGUGAAAGAAAAGGAAGAUCUGCAUCCAGAUCCAGAAGUUCAGUCAGUAAAAGAUGAAACCUUUGGUGAAUACAGUGACAGUGAUGAAAAACCUCUCAAAGGAAGCCUUCGAUCCCUUACCAGGGAUAUGCAGGCCACAGAAAGCGCCGACAGCUUAGUCCAGUAUGGAGAAGGCGACCACGGUCUGUUCAGUGAAGAUGGAUCAUUUAUCGGUGCUUAUGCUGGAUCGAAGGAGAAAGGCUCUGUUGAAAGCAAUGGAAGUUCUACAGCAACAUUUCCACUCCGAGCAUAAAUGUAUCCCAUGUAAACAUCAGUGGUUCACACCAACCUUCCAUAUUUAUCUGUUCAAGGGAGCAAGAACUUUCACAUAGGAAUAGAAACAUAUUGGCAAAAGAUUUCAUCCAGAAUUCGAACAUCUUGCAAUUAUGUUGAGAAAAAAUAGCACUGCCUUGAAAAAAUAAAAUACCAAGCACUAUAGGCCUAUAUUGUUUUGUUUUGUUCUUCAGGUGCUGAAAAUUCAGAACACAAAACAUAUCCUGUAUUUAGAUUCACCUCAACUGAACCCAAAGUAUCGAUUCAGUGUACUCCAUUUUUGCCUG